CCCUCGUCGGUCUCUUCGUUGCCGGACGCCAUAGAGUGCGGUCGACUCGUACGUACGGGACGCGUGACGUAGGAGCUUCGGUUCGGUCGAGAGCAGAAAGUGGAGAAUUGGAUUUCACUCACGGCACGCGGGACACGGAGCAACGAUGGCCGGGACGGAGACCCCGAACGUGAAGUCUGAGACGGCGAACGCGCCAGUCGAGAACAGCAGCGAGAAUAUGCGCGAUCGGAACCCGCCCGGCGGCGGCGGCGGCGGCGGCGGUGGCGGCGGUGGCGGAGGAGGCGGUGGCGGCCGCGGACCUCGCGGCCGAAAAGGCGGUACUCGUUUCUCCGGCGGUGGCCGUGGAGGCGGCCCCGGUGGUCCCGGUGGUCCUGGAGGUCCCGGAGGCAGGAACAACGAAGCGAUGAAAAUGAAUGACUCCAUGGAUGGAGGGAUGGAUAAUCCCAUGCCGGAAGGUAUGAGUGGUGGUAUGGGAGGCGGUAUGGGAGGCGGUAUGGGAGGAGGUAUGGGAGGCGGUAUGGGUGGCGGAAUGGGUGGCGGUAUGGGCAUGGGUCGCGGUGGUGCAAUGCGAGGAGGUGGCAGAGGUGGUCGCGGUGGCGGCGACAGAAACAUGGCCAGUAGAUCGCAAGACGAUCGACUAAUGGAACGCGUUAUGUCUAUCAGUGGGCCUACUCAUGAGCUUCCACCACAGGAUACGACAGAGAAGAAGUUCAGUGGCCGAAAUCGUUUGUACGUUGGAAAUUUGACAAACGACGUGACCGAAGAAGAAAUACAGAAUAUGUUCCAAAAAUAUGGAGAAAUAUCCGAGCUGUUUGUGAACAAAGAGAAAAAUUUUGCUUUUCUCAGACUGGAUUAUAAAGCAAAUGCUGAUACAGCUAAGCGCGAACUAGAUGGUUCAAUGCGCAAAGGGCGUGCGCUGAAGGUACGCUUCGCCCCUCAUUCAUCGACAAUCAAAGUAAAGAAUCUUACAACUUGGACAUCCAACGAACUCCUUGAGAGAGCCUUCAGUGUAUUUGGCGAAAUCGAGCGUGCGAUAGUUAAAGUUGACGAUAGAGGUAAAACUACUGGCGAAGGAAUUGUUGAGUUUUGCCGGAAACCAUCUGCUCAGUUAGCUCUGAGAAAAUGCACGGAGGGUUGCUAUUUCGUUACGGCUUCCCUUCGACCAGUAGUUGUUGAGCCAUUUGAGCAACAAGAUGAUGUGGACGGCUAUCCCGAUAAAAAUUUACCACGCAAGAAUCCAGAAUUUUUCAAAGCACGUGAGAUUGGACCACGCUUCGCGCAAGUAGGCAGCUUUGAGCACGAGUACGGUACGAGAUGGAAGCAGUUGCACGAAUUAUACAAGCAGAAGGAAGAAGCACUUAAACGGGAAAUGGCGAUGGAAGAAGAAAAACUGGAAGCUCAAAUGGAAUUCGCCCGAUAUGAACACGAGACGGAACUUCUGAGAGAACAACUGCGAAUGCGCGAGGCGGAUCGCGAAAGACAAAAGAGAGAAUGGGAAAUGAAGGAGCGACAAGCCGAAGAGCAGAGAACUCGCGAAGAGGAAUUAAGACGACGCCAACAAGAAGAAAUGGCGAUACGUAUCAGGAGGCAGGAAGAGGAAUUGCAUAGACGUCAACAGGAAAACAAUUUGUUUAUGCAGGAACAGGCAAUUCGCAGUGGCGGCGGCGGCGGCGGCGGCGGCAAAAAUUAUGAUUCUGUCAGUAACAAUGAUCGUGAUGGAUAUGGUCAACCUGAUGGUGGAAGCGGCAUGCCAGUGGACCCGAAGUCAUUUAUGGACGCGUACAAUAUGGAUCGCGGUAGUCGAGGGGGUUAUAACGAUGAUCGUGGGCAAAUAAUGGAUUUAAUGGACAUGAGGGUUGACAUGGGUAAUAUGGGCGGUGGUCGUGGAGGUAGCGGUGGUAGUGGACGUUGGCAAGGAAAUGAUCGAAAUCGCCCGGAUGAUUAUCCUAGCAAACGCCGACGAUAUUAAACAUGCGCAGUACAAAGUCUUACUUCGCUGAUUUCUUGACACUCUGCAAAUCGUACUAUGUCCUUCGUUCAUUUCUCACUUUUAUAUUACUUGUUUGAUCUUGAUAAUUAACGAGGCAGUGGGGAAAGAAUAGUGUUGAGAAAAUCGAAUAUUAUUUACAAGCAUAAUAUUGGACAUCGAUGGCAGUAAUAUACCGAUUUGAGAUACUCGACCUGCGAAUGAAAAAUGCGUGAGAGUUUGGACUUAAAACACAAGUUAAUGUUUUGAUACCUUGACGGAUUCUGUGUCCUCCAGAUGACAUUUCUUCUCGAGCAUGUAUUUCGAUUGAAUAUCAAUAAUGAUAAAGAUGGUGUUAUUAAAAAAACAAAUUAACGUCAUCAGCUUGUACGUUUUAGAAAUCUGCUUAAAUUGCUGUUUCUACGUUGAGAUUUAUGCAAAAUAUCAUCAAUUGAAAAGCAAUAUUUAACAUACCCGAUAUUUUAUUGGACACAAUUUAUUCCGCAUUUUCAUCUUCUACUCGAAUCAUGACUUAAACAUCACAAAUUUGAAUCUUACUUCAUAAUUAAUAUGUGUAUUUUGUAUUUGACAUAUAAAUUUUAACGAAAUAUUGCAUAAAUGCCCAUAAAUAUUAGACUCGUCAAGUAUAGAAUCAUGAAUAAUUUAAAUUUUCAUAUUUCAUUUAUAUUACAAAUAUGAGAUACAUACUUUUACUACGAAGUGAGAUUCAACGUUACAAUUUAUUUAAAGAUCUUGGGAAAUGUGAAUGAUAUUAAGAUAACAAUAUAAUUUUUUGUUUUGCAAUAUGUUUUUGUUCUGAAUAUCAUAGCUUUAUAAAAAAAUUCGUUCAUUCUAAAUUUGUACUGUACCAUUUUUAAUCAUUCUUUCGAUAACCAUACUAUACAUUAUUUAUUAUUGAGAGAAAGCUAUAAUUUAAUAUUUUUUGUUAACUUUGAAAGAUUGCACUUUCCUUACUUAUUAUUUUAUACUCUUUACCUGAAUUAUGAAAAUAUCAAUGUAUAAGCGACGACGCAAAGACGUCGUAACUAGAAUUUAAUUUUUCAAUCAAGAUUUACAAUACUUGGUUUAUCUUGAAAAUUAGUAUUGUGCUGUACGCCGAGCUAUGCCGAGUGUGGUGGUUGCAUCGUGAUAUGCAAACUUAUCAGUUUUUAAAUAUUCAACAGUAAUUACUUAGUAUAUAAGUUAUUAUACAUACAUAUAUAUAAAUAUAUAUAUACAUAUAUACGCAGUGCUAUCUGCAGACAUAAUAUUCAAUACUUUGUGAAGAAUCUUAAUCUAUCUAUAGCAGCGUGAUUAAAAAAAAAUAAAGGUAUAUAAUACACAAACUUA